CCAGGCGACCGACGGACAGCAGCUGCAUCCCAGCUGCCAAGCGGCUCAAAGGGGGGAUGCACAGCGUCCCGUGCAGCGCCGCGCAGGGGCAGCCGCAGCAGCAGCCCAGAGCUCGGGAGAAUCGCACCGCUCCCAGCAAAUCUCCAUCCCAGCAGCCAGGGAGGGGAGUGAAGAAGGCAGGACCGCCAAUCCCCGCUGCGCACGUGGCACCGGCAGCGGAACGGCCUGCCAGGAAGCGACGAGCCGUCUCCUUCCCUCCAGGAUCGGUAGAAGCUGCCAAGCCGGUGUUACGGAAAAGGAGGCGGCUGACAGCAGAAGAUGUUGGAUCUCCUGAAGCCUGGAGGGUGAUGAUGUCUCUGAAGUCUGGGCUGCUCGCUGAGAGCACGUGGGCCUUAGAUACCAUAACUGUCCUGCUCCACGAUGACAGCAGCGUCGCGUCCUUUGAGCUCAGGCAGGUGGGUGCAGAUGCUCAGCACCGAGUGCUCGCUGACCGUGGAUUUCCAUGUGGUUGGUGUGCCA